AUGCUACAUCAGGUACUUCGCCGAUUUGGUCAAAAACUUGUACGCAAGCGUAAGCUGUGGCAACCUGUGACUGAAGAUGACCAACUCAGAAGACUGAGCACUCUGGAUUUAGUGGCCCAGGGUGUAGGCCGCACAGUAGGUAUAGGUGUAUAUGUCCUGGCUGGUGAGGUGGCCAGAAAUCAAGCAGGACCAUCCAUUGUGAUCUGCAUUUUGGUGGCUGGCCUAUCUACUGUGUUGGCUGGGCUGUGCUAUGCAGAGAUUAGUGCCCGGGUUCCCCAUUCUGGCUCUGCAUAUCUCUAUAGCUUUGUCAUUAUAGGUGAACUCUGGGCUUUCAUCACUGGGUGGAACCUCAUCCUCUCCCUUGUUGCUAAUAAAGCCAUUGUGGCCCAUGCAUGGAUUUUAGCUUUUGACAACCUGCGUGGGAACAAGAUUUCUCAGACCCUGCAUGAGAGCAUCUCAGCGCUUAUUUCUCGUGUCUUUACAGAAUAUCUAGACUUUUUUGUUGUGGGCCUCGUGUUGUUGCUCCUCGAUUUAUGGACUCUGAGAAUUAGUUGGACUUUCCAGGUUACUAAAGUGUUCACAUCAGUGAAAAUUUUGGUUCUCGGUUUUGUCAUCAUCUCUGGCUUCAUUAAGGGCGACCUGCACAACUGGAAGCUCACAGAAGAGGACUACAUAAAGGUUGGACUUAAUGACACUUUUAAGUUGGGCCCUCUGGGCUCUGGAGGAUUUGUACCUUUUGGCUUUGAAGGGAUUCUUCGUGGAGCAGCUACCUGUUUCUAUGCAUUUAUUGGUUUUGAAUGUAUUGUUACCAAAGUAAAAAAAGUCAAGAAUCCUCAGCAUUCCAUACCCAUAGCCAUAGUGAUUUCACUGUUCAUCAGUUGUUUUGUGCAUUUUGGUGUGUCAAUGGCACUUACACUGAUGGUGCCGUACUACCAGCUCCAACCUGGUAGCACCUUGUCUGAAGCAUUUCUUCAUAUUGCUUGGGCCCCUGCCUACUAUGUUGUAGCUUGUGGAUUUUUCUGUAGUGUUUCUGCAAGCCUUUUGGGCUAUUUUUACCCCAUAGUUCAGGUGAUAUACAUCAUGGCAUGGGAUGGCCUCCUUUUCCCUGUCCUUACCAAAAUCCUUUAUACCACAAACAUCCACAUAAUGGCCACUGUGAUCUCAAGCAUUAUUGCAGCCAUCAUGGCAUUCUUCUUUAGACUCACUGAUCUUGUGGACCUCAGGUCAAUUGGGUCUCUGAUAUCUCACUCCCUGGUAGCUAUCUGUGUUCUCAUCAUAAGGUAUCAGCCUGAGAAGAAAGGGGGAAAUGAAGCAGUGGUGCAGGAGGAGAAUGGACUUGUAGCACAGAAGCUGACUCUACAGCAACUAAUUUUUCCAGGCAGCUCCACCCCUACUCCACUCUCUGGCCGGGUUGUCUAUGUUUGCUCCUCACUCCUUGUUAUGCUGAUCAUUCUUCUUUGCUUGGUGGUGACCCAAUGGCCAGUUCUGCUUUCUGGAGACCCAGUGUGGGUUUCAGUGGCUGUGCUGCUCCUGGUGCUCAUCACUGGGCUCACUGGGGUCAUCUGGAGACAGCCACAGAGCUCCAGUCCCCUUCCCUUUAAGGUCCCUGCUCUGCCUCUUCUCCCACUACUGAGCAUCUUCAUGAAUAUUUGCCUUAUGAUGCAGAUGACCAUUGACACCUGGGCCCGAUAUAGUGUCUGGAUGCUGAUUGGGUUUGUUAUCUACUUCAGCUAUGGGAUCCAGCACAGCCUAGUCCCUAACCCGUCUUAG